AUGGCCUCCGGCUCGAGUUCAUCCGCUGCUGGACAAGAGCAAGGGUGGUUUGAUUUGGGUAGGUUUUCCGGCGAGCUGUCGACGAUGAUUCAGCACGAGGAGAUUCCCAUGAUUUUACAGUGGGAGGUCUUGCUUCCUGGCUUUCCUCCGGCUAAAGUGAGCUCGCAGCAACCGAAUUGUCCCAUGAAGGCAGCACAUAGCAUAUGCAAGAGCAAGCACAGCCACUGCAUACAAGAGAGCCGUGGCUAUUCAUGCCAAUGCAGUGAAGGCUACCAAGGCAACCCCUACCUCGUCGAUGGAUGCCAAGUACAGAAGCAGACACUCAUACAUAAGUUAAUUGAACGUUUUGUAUCAGAUGGCCGUUGGUUAUUUAAAGAUAAGGGUAUCAUCAUAGGAGUUGCUAGCGGGGCAUGCCUUGUACUUUUGGUUUUUAUUGGGAUCUUCAUUUCCAAGAAACUAAGGCACAAAAGGACACAAAUGUUGAAGCGCAAGUUCUUUGAGCAGAAUCGUGGUCAAUUGUUGCAACAAUUGGUAUCUCAAAGAGCUGAUAUUGCAGAAAGGAUGAUUAUACCUUUAGAAGAGCUAGAGAAGGCGACAAACAACGUUGAUAAAGCUCGUGAGCUUGGUGGCAGAGGGCAUGGCACAGUCUACAAAGGUAUUUUAUCAGACCUCCAUGUCGUGGCUAUCAAGAAACCAAAGAAGGUGGUUCAAAAAGAGAUUGAUGAGUUUAUCAAUGAGGUUGCUAUACUUUCACAAAUCAACCAUCGAAAUGUAGUAAAACUCUAUGGUUGUUGUCUUAAAACAGAAGUCCCAAUGUUGGUUUAUGAGUUCAUAUCAAAUGGAACCCUUUAUGAUCAUCUUCAUGUUGAGGGACCAAAAUCAUUGUCAUGGAGUGAUAGGCUACGAAUAGCAAUUGAAACAGCUAAAUCCCUAGCAUAUCUUCACUCGACAGCUUCAAUACCUAUCAUCCACAGAGACAUCAAGUCAGUUAACAUACUUUUGGAUGAUACUCUAACAACAAAGAUAACAGAUUUUGGAGCUUCAAGGUAUAUUUCAGUGGAGAAAUCAGGGUUAACAACCAUGGUGCAAGGUACCAUCGGAUAUUUAGACCCUAUGUACUUCUACACAGGGCGACUCACGGAGAAAAGUGAUGUCUACAGUUUUGGUGUCAUGGUUGUAGAACUGUUGACCAGAAAGAAGCCAUUUUCAUAUUUAUCCCCCAGUGGUGAUGGCAUUGUUGCGCAUUUUGCUAUGUUAUUUGCAGAAGAUAACUUGUCGCAUAUACUAGAUCCACAAGUUAUAGAUGACUGGAGCAAAGAAGCCCAUGAAGUCGCUACACUUGCAAUAGCAUGUACACAGUUAAAAGGAGAGGAUCGCCCAACCAUGCGACAAGUGGAGUUGACACUAGAAAGCCUACAAUCAUCAAUGCAUAUUGUUUCAGAUAAUGUGGUGGAUGAGGAAUUUGAGAAUGACGUUAUCCCAAUAAAUUGCCCAAUGAAUGAGCAUGAAAGAGGCGGUGAUGAGGAUUCAACGAGACAAUAUAGUAUGGAAGAAGAGUUCAUGAUAUCAUCAAGGUAUCCUCGGUAG